AAUUCGGAAAAGCGUGACAAGGAUAAUGCGGUGUCUCGAGAUAAAGGUUGUAGAAAUGUGAAUAAAUCGGAUCAUAUUGAUGUAACGGAGAGAUUUAUGGAUAAGGGAGUUGCGGAUGGUAAAAAUAAGGAAAAAAGAGUGACUUCGAAAAAGAAUGAAUUGGGUGGUCCGUCUCAGAGUACACCUACGGAGAAUGUGGUAACUGCAGGUUCAGGGGAGGAUAAAAAUCAAGCAGAAAUAACGCCUGAAUUUUGCAAGUCAGUGUCUGUGAAGCGCUUCAAGUUUUCUCCAGGAAUGCUGAUCAAGCAAAGCCAGGAUGAUGGAGGUGAUGAAGUAACAUGGAGAAUAUCUCCAGUGAAUGAACGACUUCAUGCCGUGUCCAAACAGUUACCAGAGAUGGUAAAGGUGUUGGCGGAUUCAUCACGCUUCAACUCCUUAAGUAUUCAAGAAUGUUCGCUGAAAAAGACGUCUCCUGGGACAGAAAGAAAGUUUGAGAAGCGACUUUGUUCACCUCCACUGAAGGCGCUUGAUAAAUCAUUAGUAAGCUCAAAUAGGGCUAGCUUGAGAAACAGAAACAACGAUCAUGUAAUGGAUCUGUGGGAAACCAAUGGAAACUUUAACUGCCAGAGCAAAACUGAAGUAACUAACAGUCAGAGUCCUUUUCAAACUCCACCAUCUUUGACAUACGGCAGUGAUAAGCCUGCCAAUGCGGUCAAUAAUAAUGAAGUUACUGAUCAGCUUGGUUCAAGGCAACACAAAAAGGUCUUUGACUACAAUUAUGAUGAGGAACUUACUUGCUUUCCAGGUGCUAUAGUGUUGUUGCACCAGGAGAUACUAUUCAUGUCAUUGGUUGCUUCCAGUUUCAGUUGCUCAAGGCGAGCUGUGCUGGAUGAGAGGUUAAAAUCUGGCGAGUAUUCAGCUGCAGCAUUGAUUGGCACAUAA